AUGCAAGUACGAUGGGCCAGUAAAAAGUCUGGAGGUUCCACACGCAACGGUAGAGAUUCAGCAGGUCGACGAUUGGGCGUCAAGAAGUUUGGUGGACAAGAAGUUGUUCCCGGUAAUAUCAUUGUUCGACAAAGAGGCACGCGAUUUCACCCUGGUGACAAUGUCGGUAUCGGUAAAGAUCACACUCUUUAUGCUUUAGAAGGCGGCUUUGUCCAGUUCUACAAAGAUCCUCAACAGCCAAAACGACGUUUCGUUGGUGUCGUGUAUGACCGUGAAAACGCACUUCCCAUCCCUCAUGACCAGCCUAAACCACGCCGCUUCGAUCUCAUUGAUCUCACCACCCUGUCUUCUUCUUCUUCUUCUCCUUCCGCAUAA